GUUCUUAUUUCCUUGGUUUGUUCAGCGUGGAUGCCAGUGCAGUGGAACUUGUGCUUUCAGAAGGACCCAUUCCCGUCAAGCUUCUUAACUCAUCUGCCAAACCUUCAGUGUGGGCUUUCUCUUCCACCUCUCCAUAAAACAAGGUCUCUGUGAGGCAGCAGCAAGGAGUCAUAUCACCAGUACAACACAACCAAUUUUCCAGAGAGUUUUGCUUCACUGGGAGCACCCUUUCUGGACACGUUUUUGGAAGUCUUCCAACAACCUGAUAUGCAUGUUAUGACCUGUCACCUCGGUGCUCUGCAGUAGCAAAAAGGAAGAGAAAAAGGCCACAGUGUGGAGGGGAAAUUCCAGGCAGCAUCUGAACAAAACUGUACAGGAAUCAAGUGGGAAAAGAAGCUCCUGCAGUCCUGCUGGCUCAGCUCCCUCCGGCUGCUCAGAUUGCAACAACAGACAAUAAUUUUCCUUCUCAGCCAAAGCUUUGACGCUCUCAGCUGAAGCAGUACUGAAGCCUGGACACCCAGCUAGGGCAAGAGAUGGCAGAAGGCGAAAUUACAUCACUCGCAGCCCUGACAGAAAAAUUCAACCUCCCGAUGGGAAAUUACAAGAAGCCUAAGCUCCUUUAUUGCAGCAAUGGAGGCCACUUCUUGCGGAUCUGUCCUGAUGGCAAAGUCGAUGGCACAAUGGACCGAAAUGACAGACACAUCCAGUUGCUGCUCACUGCAGAAAAUAUGGGUGAAGUCUAUAUAAAGAGCACCGAGUCUGGACAAUACUUGGCUAUGGAUACCAAUGGACGCUUAUAUGGCUCGCAGUUGCCGACGGAGGAGUGUUUAUUCCUGGAAAGGAUGGAAGAAAACCACUACAAUACCUACACAUCGAAGAUGCAUGCAGAUAAGAACUGGUUUGUUGGCUUAAAGAAGAAUGGGAAAAGCAAACUGGGAUCACGGACUCAUUAUGGCCAAAAGGCAAUACUUUUUCUCCCCUUGCCUGUGUCACCUGAUUAGACAAAAUCCCCACACAUUGUAAAAUAUGCUCCUUAGAAUUAAGUACCCCUUCUCCUCCCUCUCCUUUGACUCUCUCACAUUGAGGAACAUGAAAAAGACAUGGGACAAAGUACAUGGGAUGAAAAUCCAAAGUGAUUCAUAUGCAUCUAAUACUAAUUUAGCAAAUUCAAGUAUUCUGUAAUAUUGCCUUCAAAAUGAACCACAUCAGUUACUAUAACCAUAGAUAGGUACAAACUCAAUUCCCACAGCCAUAUACAUAACAAGCCCCCCCCCACUUGGAAACCCUCAUCUAACAUUGAUGGCUUUUAAUAGUCCUUGUCUACCACAUGGAAGCAUAAUUAACAAUAAUGAAGCUAUCCUUAUCAUUUAAGACAAAUUAACUUUGUGUAUGUAGGACCAAGAGAACUAAUCCUUUCUUUUUCAAAUAAUAUUGCUCUGGUUCUUGAAAUUACUUGUUACAUGUAGUGUGUAUUUAUUUAUUAAGCAAUGAUGUAUACACUUUAAACUGUUAAAAGCAAUGCAUAGUUUUAGGCCAGUCUCCAAUUUCCCAUGAUUGGGCAAGGUGAUUGAGAGAGUGGUGGAUAACCAGAUCCAGGCAGUUUGGGAGGAGACUGAUUAUCUAGACCCAUGUCAAACUGGCUUUAGAGCAGGCUAUGGGGUUGAGUCUGCCUUGGUUGGCCUGAUGGAUGGCCUUUACCAGGGAACUGACAGAGGGAGUGUGACUCUGUUGGUUCUUUUGGAUCUUUCAGCAGUGUUCGGUAACAUCAACCAUGGUAUCCUUCUGGAUCGCCUGAGGGAGUUUGAGAAAGGAUACUCUGCUCUGCAGUGGUCUCGCUCUUUUCUCUUUGGCAGAUUCCAGAUGGUGGAGCUUGGUGUCGGUUGCUUCUUGAAAUGGGAGCUCUUUUAUGGAGUCCCCCAGGGCUCCAUUCUGUCACCAAUGCUUUUUAACAUCUACUUGAAACGUAGACGGUGAGGUAGGUCAUCAGGAGAUUUAGUGCAGGGUGUUAUCAGUAUGCUGAUGACAACCAAAUCUGUUUCUCCUUAUCAUCAUCAUCAUUAUCAUCAGGAAAUGGCAUCCAUUCCCUAAAUGUCUGCCUACGAGCAGUAAAGGGCUGGAUGAGGGAUAACAAAUUGAAGCUGAAUCCAAGCAAGACGGAGGUGCUGAUUGUGGAGGAUAGGAAUUUGAGGGAUGAGUUAGAUCUUCCUGUGCUGGAAGAGGUUACACUCCCUCAGAAGGAACAGGUUCGCAGUGCGCUUGGAUCCAGAGUGCGCUUGGAUCCAGGCCUCACUCUGGUAUCCCAGGUGGAGGCUAUGGCAAAGAGUGCUUUCUAUCAACUUCGGUUGAUUCAACAGCUGCGUCUGUUCCUUGAAGAAAACGAUCUCAAAACAGUGGUGCAUCAGCUGGCAACCUCCAGGUUUGACUAUUGCAAUGCACUCUACGUGGGGCUGCCUAUAUGCAUAGUUCAGAAACUUUGGUUAGUUCAAAAUACAGCAGCCAAACUGGUCUCUGAGGUAACCUGGAGAGACCAUAUCAUGCCUGUUCUUAAACAGUUGCACUGGCUGCCAAUAUGUUCCCGGGCAAAAUACAAGAUGCUGGUUAUUACCUUUAAAGCCCUAAAUGGCUUAGGUCUGAGUUACCUUAGAGAGCACCUUCUUUGUAUGAUCCCCAUCACACAUUGAGGUCAUCCAGAGGGAUCCAUCUCCAGUUACCACCAGCACGUCUGAUGGCAACUUGGAACCAGGCUUCUCUGUAGCUGCUUCUGGCCUAUGGAAUGCACUCCUGGCAGAUAUCCAUAGUUUGGACUCAUUGUUGGCCUUCAAGAGACCCCUAAAGACUUACUUGUUUAGCCUGGCCUUCCAAGGUUUAUUAAUUGUUUUAAAGUAUUUUUAAUUGGUUUUACAUGGCUCUGAACUGUUUUAAAAUUGUUUUUAUAUUGUUUUAAUCUGUUGGUUUUAAAUGAUUUUUUUUAUUUUACUUGUUGUGCACUGCCCAGAGCCUUUGGAUGGGGUGGUAUAGAAAUGUAAUAAAUAAAUAAACUGUUCAACAAUGUAAA